UAUGGAUAUAUACAUAUAUAUACAUCCACACAUGUUCAUAUAAAUUUCAAAUAAUCAAGUAUAACCUAAACUAGUUUUUCAUUAAAAUCAAAAUCAUACUCAAUUUUUUUAUCCUGCCAAAUACUUAUGCAACAAAUAAAACCACAUUCAUGAAAAAAUUAAUAAAUGGAUUACAAUAAAUAUUUUUCAUAAUUAUUAUUAUCAAUUGUAAAUAGACCAAAAAUGAAUUUAUUAUCAGACAGCUCAGAAGAUGACGAUGACGUUUAUAUUAAUUCUGCAGCACGUUACAAAGCACUAAAAGCUAAGACAAUCAAAGAUUUACCAGAUGCUGAUGACAGUUUCAACGAUGAACCCCUCACUGAAAAUCUAGGUCCCAAACUAGCAAAAAAAAAAUCCAAAACCUCAAGUCCCAAAGAAUCUGAUCCCAAAAUCACAGAAGCAAUCGUCAUCCCAGACAUUCCACCAAAACCAAUCAGCCCAGCAAUCGCUCCAAUAGUUAUUGUCGAUAACACUCCAGCCGUCAGAACCAAACGUCGAGCAAGACAAAAUGGUGGCCCAGUUACCAGAUCAAGAUCUAAGCAGAGCCUCGAUAAUGAUCCAAAUUUACCGACAAUCGUAUUAGAUCCAGAUGAUUCGCUGUCAUUCUUAAAUGCAACUCCAGUAAGCCAAGAAGACUCUAUUGAAAUAAAUGAUUCAGACAGUGAGCAACUCAAUGAUUCACAGGAUGAUGGAUUAUCUAUUGACGUUAAAGUCCGAUGGAGAUCACGUGCCGUUGAACGAAUCCAACUUGGCAAAAAUGAAAACUUCACUAAAAUUUUUAAAUACUUUGCCACAAUUGCUGGAGUACCGGACAAUCAAAUACUGAUAACACGUAAUGAAGUGUUAAUUAAUCCUAUUGAUACACCAUCAUCAAUAAACUUAACCAUUCUUGAUGUUCUUGAGGGGGGAAUUAUUAAUGAAAGCAUGUUGGAUAAAAAAGCAGAAGAAAAAAUAAUUGAGCCGGUAUGCAAAAUAAAAAUUCAAACAGGGGCUAAAAAAGGUUUAUCUUACGAUUUAAAACCCAAUGAACCGUUUGAAAAAUUAAUUGCAUACUGCGCUGAGCAAAAUAACGUCAAAGUAUCGCAAAUAAAAUGUUAUUUUGACGGGGAAUUAAUUUCAUCAACUGACACACCGGAGUCACUAGAUUUAGAAGAUGAAGGCUGCGUUGAUCUUAAAAUAAUUUCGUAAUUUUCAUGAUCCUGAAGCUAACCGACAGUUAACAGUUUUCGGAUUUUUGUUUUCAACAAUUUAAUUAAAAAAAAAAUAAAUAAAAAUAUGCACAUGUAGAAAAUUCAAGAAACUAUAAGUGCAAUUUUUUAAAAUAUUUUUUUUUUUAUAACUUAUGGCUUAAAAAAAAAUUCAAAAAUUAUUAGAUGUCGGGUAAACUCAGUGUCAUUAAUUUUCAUAAUUAUUUUUAUUAUUUCAAUCGUACUAUUAAAUUUAUAAAUGUAAAAAAUUAUUUUAUAUAUUUUUUUACUUCAUUUAAGUAUUUAAAGUUAAAAUAUAAAUUUGUAAAUCACGCUAGAAAAUUUUACCAACAGUUUGUAGACC